GGAUUAAACAGCAUUAGGGAGCCAAGAAAGGAAACACAUGUGGUGUCUGGAGACCUGUGCCUGCCUGUCCCGGUCCCACACCCAGUCAUCUCACCACACCCUUCACCACCUCACUUUACGUUCUCCUCCAGCCCAGGAACUAGGAACUACGGAGAGAGAAGCCAAGGGAGAGGAGGAAGAGGAAACUAACGAUUCCCUGCCCAACCCCGGCCCCACACCCAGCACCACCAACAGGUGAGCAAGCUUGCCGAGGAAACGCAGAGGGCAUCCUGUGAGCAGCGAACACGUCUGAGUCUGGAAAAGACGCAGAGAAGUAAAAGAUCAAAGUCUGGUUGGCACCGGCUCCCAUUCCGGCUUCAGCCUCCAAUCCGACCCCCAUUUCGGCUGCAGCCUCGGACCUAGCUCCGGCCCUCAGUCUAUCCGGUUGCAUCCUCCCUCCCUGUUCCGGAUCCUCUCUUGCGCCAGCGCCUACUCCAGGAUCCCGUAGCCAGACCUCAAGCCAUGGCUGGUCCCUUCUCCCGUCUGCUGUCCGCCCGCCCGGGAAUCAGGCUCCUGGCUUUGGCCGGAGCGGGGUCUCUAGCCGCUGGGUUUCUGCUCCGACCGGAACCUGUACGAGCGGCCAGUGAACGACGGAGGCUGUAUCCCCCGAGCCAGACAUGGCCAACUGGACAGCUCCCAGGUAACUGCACUAGUUCUAGGGUCUGUGCCCUCCCUCCAUGGUCACUGGGUACCCCCUCCCCAGCGCUGAGUACCCAGACCUCCGAAAGCACAACAACUGCAUGGCCAGUCACCUGACCCCAGCAGUCUAUGCACGGCUCUGCGACAAGACCACACCCACUGGUUGGACGCUAGAUCAGUGUAUCCAGACUGGCGUGGACAACCCUGGCCACCCCUUCAUCAAGACUGUGGGCAUGGUGGCUGGAGAUGAGGAGACCUAUGAGGUAUUUGCUGACCUGUUUGACCCUGUGAUCCAAGAGCGACACAAUGGAUAUGACCCCCGGAUAAUGAAGCACACCACGGAUCUGGAUGCCAGUAAAAUCCGUUCUGGCUACUUUGAUGAGAGGUAUGUAUUGUCCUCUAGAGUCAGAACUGGCCGAAGCAUCCGAGGACUCAGUCUGCCUCCAGCUUGCACUCGAGCGGAGCGACGGGAGGUGGAACGUGUUGUGGUGGAUGCACUGAGUGGCCUGAAGGGUGACCUGGCUGGACGUUACUAUAGGCUCAGUGAGAUGACAGAGGCUGAACAGCAGCAGCUUAUUGAUGACCACUUUCUGUUUGAUAAGCCUGUGUCCCCAUUGCUGACUGCAGCAGGAAUGGCUCGAGACUGGCCAGAUGCUCGUGGAAUUUGGCACAACAAUGAGAAGAGCUUCCUGAUCUGGGUGAAUGAGGAGGAUCAUACACGGGUCAUCUCCAUGGAGAAGGGUGGCAACAUGAAGAGAGUGUUUGAAAGAUUCUGCCGAGGCCUCAAAGAGGUGGAGAGACUUAUCCAAGAACGUGGCUGGGAGUUCAUGUGGAAUGAGCGUUUGGGAUACAUCUUGACCUGUCCAUCUAACCUGGGCACUGGACUUCGGGCAGGAGUGCACAUCAAACUGCCCCUGCUAAGCAAAGAUAGCCGCUUCCCAAAGAUCCUGGAGAACCUAAGACUCCAAAAGCGUGGUACUGGAGGAGUGGACACUGCUGCCACAGGCGGUGUCUUUGAUAUUUCUAAUUUGGACCGACUAGGCAAAUCAGAGGUGGAGCUUGUGCAGCUGGUCAUCGAUGGAGUAAACUAUUUGAUUGAUUGUGAACGGCGUCUGGAGAGAGGCCAGGAUAUCCGCAUCCCCACACCUGUCAUCCACACCAAGCAUUAACUCCCCAUCACCAGCUGAUGACUCAAGAUUCCCAGGAGUUCUGCUCACUCUAAUGAUGGCCCAUUCUACUUGCUCUGGACCUGCCCCCGCAUCCCCUGCCUCCAUCCUAGUAAAGACUCCUUGCUAUGCUGCAGCUGUCUAUGUUAUUUCUAAUGGUGGGGUGAGGAGGGGAGCAGGCUUCAGGAAAUGAAAAGAGGCAGUGGGAUUAUUUAUGAUGGAAAGAGACUCCAGAUAUGGCAUCCUGGGAACACUGAUUCUCAGGUGGGUGGAAAGCAUUAACAUUUUACCCAUAUUCCUCAUCAGCUUCUGAAAAUAAUCAGGAUGCACUUCUGUUUGCACUUUAUUCAUUAUGACUUAAGAUUUCUCUCCCCACAAUCUCCUUCUACUGUAGAGACAGGCUCAGAGCAGGUGGCCAAGGAAGCUGAUAGUCAAUACCAGGGACCAGGAAGGUCGUGACCAGUCCUGGAGGCCCCAGGCUGUACUUCGACCUAUAAUAGACAGGGAAUGGGAGUCAUAUCACAACUCUGCUCUCCAGGAGCAUUGAUACUUGGAAAUUAGCGCUCUGCCUGUAGACUCCUUCACUCCA